AUGAAUACCCCAUUUUCAGACUUGACGUCGCACUUGUCCGAUGCAUCGAUUGGAUUGUAUUCGAUGCAGAACGAACACUUUGGCAUCGUUGAAAUGAUGGCGGCGGGCCUCGUCGCGAUUGUGCACGACUCUGGAGGUCCGCGCGAAGACAUUGUCAAGCCUGGCACAGGAUACUUGGCCACCACGCCGGAAGAAUACGCCACGUACAUGUACGGCAUCCUCACGCAACCCAAUGUAGCGGACGACACCCGGCAAGCCGCGCGGGUGUCGGCGGGGCGGUUUUCAGACAAAAUCUUCCAAGAUAGCUUAGCCACGGCUCUAGCUCCAGUGUUGAUCCUUUCGGCUGCCUCAAUGAUUUGA